AUGGACCUAGAAAGUUACCGUAAUAUUUACCUAACAGAAUAUAAAUCAGAUGAUGAAGAAAACGUAUAUACGGAUUUUGGACUCACCGAUAUCGAGUAUUAUGAAAAUACAUCAAACAAAUUAAAGAAAGUGAUAAAAUACGUACGAAAAACUCAAACAAAACAAAGAGGUUUGCUUUUUGUCUAUCCUAAUGUGGACGACAUAUGUGAGUUGAAACAUGUUGCAGAUAUUGUGUCAGUUUUGCCGAAACCCACAAUAACACGUCGUGGCCAAAUAUCCUUCAGUAUUAAUAUCGGUAAAUUUAAUUUACAGUAA